GGGCCCGGCCCCACCCCGCAGCGCGCGGCCGCCCCGUAGCAUGGUGCGGGGCCUCCGGCUGCGCCAUGGGCGAGCGGCUGGAGCUGCGCCUCAAGUCGCCGGUGGGAGCCGAGCCCGCCGUGUACCCGUGGCCGCUGCCCGUCUACGACAAACACCAUGAUGCUGCUCAUGAAAUCAUUGAGACAAUUCGGUGGGUCUGUGAAGAAAUCCCAGAUCUCAAGCUUGCUAUGGAAAACUACGUUCUAAUUGACUAUGACACAAAAAGCUUUGAAAGCAUGCAGCGCCUGUGUGACAAGUACAACCGCGCCAUCGACAGCAUCCACCAGCUGUGGAAGGGAACCACCCAACCGAUGAAGCUGAACACGCGUCCCUCCAACGGGCUCCUCCGGCACAUCCUGCAGCAGGUUUACAACCACUCGGUGACCGACCCCGAGAAACUCAACAACUACGAGCCCUUCUCCCCAGAGGUGUAUGGAGAAACCUCCUUCGACCUGGUGGCCCAGAUGAUAGAUGAGAUUAAAAUGACAGAAGACGAUCUCUUUGUCGACUUGGGCAGCGGUGUGGGUCAGGUGGUGCUUCAAGUGGCUGCAGCCACAAACUGCAAACAUCACUAUGGUGUGGAGAAAGCUGACAUUCCAGCCAAAUACGCUGAGACGAUGGACAGAGAGUUCAGAAAGUGGAUGAAAUGGUAUGGGAAAAAACAUGCAGAAUACACACUGGAAAGAGGUGACUUCCUCUCAGAAGAAUGGAGAGAGAGAAUUGCAAACACAAGUGUUAUUUUUGUGAAUAAUUUUGCCUUUGGUCCUGAGGUGGAUCACCAACUGAAGGAGCGAUUUGCCAACAUGAAGGAAGGUGGGAGAAUUGUGUCCUCAAAACCUUUUGCACCUCUGAAUUUCAGAAUUAACAGUCGAAACUUGAGUGAUAUUGGCACUAUAAUGAGAGUCGUGGAGCUGUCACCACUGAAAGGCUCUGUGUCGUGGACUGGGAAGCCAGUCUCUUACUACCUGCAUACUAUUGACCGAACCAUACUUGAAAACUAUUUUUCUAGUCUCAAAAAUCCAAAACUCAGGGAGGAACAAGAGGCAGCUAGACGUCGUCAACAGCGAGAAAACAAGAGCAACACAACUACUCCAACAAAGGUUCAAGAAAACAAGGAUUCUGGUGCUGAAGAAGAAAAAGCUGGGGCAAAUGCUGUUAAAAAGCCAUCUCCCUCUAAAGCACGGAAGAAAAAACUGAGCAAAAAAGGAAGGAAAAUGGCAGGCAGGAAGCGAGGGCGUCCCAAGAAAAUGAACACUGCAAAUACAGAGCGCAAGACCAAGAAGAACCAAACUGCACUAGAACUUCUGCAUGCUCAAACUGUGUCACAGACAUCUUCAUCCUCUCCUCAGGAUGCAUACAAGUCACCUCAUAGUCCAUAUUACCAACUACCUCCUAAAGUGCAACGGCAUUCAUCCAACCAGCUGCUGGUGACACCCACCCCACCUGCACUACAGAAGCUGCUAGACUCUUUUAAGAUCCAGUACAUGCAGUUCAUGGCAUACAUGAAAACUCCUCAAUAUAAAGCAAGUCUGCAACAGUUACUGGAGCAGGAGAAGGAGAAGAAUGCACAGCUACUGGGGACGGCACAGCAGUUGUUCACCCACUGCCAGGCACAGAAAGAGGAAAUCAAACGUCUUUUUCAGCAGAAGCUCGAUGAGUUGGGAGUGAAGGCUCUGACAUACAACGACCUGAUUCAGGCACAGAAGGAAAUCUCUGCUCACAAUCAGCAGCUGAAAGAACAGACCAAACAGCUGGAGAAGGAUAACAGUGAACUCAGGAACCAGAGCCUGCAGCUGUUGAAGGCACGCUGUGAAGAGCUGAAGCUAGAUUGGUCCACGCUGUCACUGGAGAACUUGCUGAAGGAGAAGCAGGCGCUGAAGAAUCAGAUUUCUGAGAAACAAAAGCACUGUUUGGAACUGCAGAUCAGCAUUGUGGAACUUGAAAAGAGCCAAAGGCAGCAGGAGCUGAUGCAGCUGAAAUCGUACACGCCGUCGGAUGAGUCACUGUCAGUGCAGCUACGGAAUAAAACCCAUCUGAGCCGUGAUGCUGAGGCUGAUCAUGGCAGGUUCCAGCUGGAGCUCGAGUGCUCCAAGUUUCCUAUGCCCCACGUCAAUGGCAUGAGCCCUGAACUGUCCAUGAACGGCCACGCAACUCCCUAUGAGAUUCACAACACUUUCAGCAGGCCGUCCUCCAAGCAGAACACCCCUCAGUACAUGACUUCUCAUCUGGACCAAGAAAUAGUUCCAUGCACCCCAAACCACAGCAGGCAGAAGGCAGACAGGAUGGCAAGCCUGUCCUUACCUGAUUAUACCAGGUUUUCCCCUGCUAAAAUAGCACUAAGGAGACACUUGAAUCAAGACCAUGCAGUCAAUGGAAAAGCAACAACGAGUGAGAUGCAGAGAGCUGACCAUGUCAAAGAGAACGGCCUUACAUAUCCAAGCCCCAGUAUUUCCAAUGGCAUCAAGCUGAGUCCUCAGGAAACUCGGCCCUCUUCCCCAGCGGCCUUACCGAUUGCAGGCGAGAAGGUUUUGAGAGAGAGAACCUCUGUGAGUAAUGGAGAAACUAUCACCAGCCUACCCAUCAGUAUUCCUCUCAGCACAGUGCAGCCCAAUAAGCUCCCUGUUAGCAUCCCUCUGGCCAGCGUAGUCCUGCCUAGCCGUGUUGAGAAGGUGAGAAGCACACCUAGCCCAGUUCAUCAGAGCAGAGACUCAUCGACACUUGAAAAGCAGAUUGGUGCUAGUUCUCAUAAUGGUGUAAGCAAUGCUGCUGGAAACAAGCCACUGGCUUUGGCUACCUCAGGUUUUUCUUACUCUUCUGGCUCCGUGGCAGUCAAUGGAAAUCUUACAAACAGCCCAGCCCAUCUUAACCAUAGUGUUGAUCAGGCAGCUCUGGACGACUCCGGGAGUCUGUUUAACUCAGUAGGGUCUCGGAGUUCCACUCCACAACAUCCUUUGCUAAUGAUGCAGUCGAGGAACUCUGGGCAAAGCUCCCCUGCUCACCAGCACUCAGCAAGCCCCAGGUUAAAUGGCACCUCCCAGAGCCUGGUAGGGGGACUGCACUAUGCAGAUGCUCAGAAGAUGUUUGCCGAUGGAACAAAGGGGGAUCUUCAGUCUGAUGCAGCAUUUUCAGAUCCUGAGAACGAGGCCAAGAGAAGAAUCAUCUUUACAAUCUCUCCUAAUACAGGACAUGUAAAACAAUCCCCUUCCACCAAGCACAGCCCUCUGCCCGCGAGCGCUCGGCUGGACUGCGGCCCAGCACACGCGCAGGACGGGAAGAAGCGCGGCCGGCGGAAGAGAUCCUCCACUGGGAACCUCAGCGGGGGCUCCGGGGUCUCCCCCAAACGCAAAUCCUUGCCCGCUGUGUCUGGACUCUUUACGCAGCCAUCGGGUUCACCGCUCAACAUCAACUCCAUGGUCAAUAACAUUAACCAGCCUUUAGAAAUAACAGCCAUUUCCUCUCCUGAAAACUCCCUGAAGAACUCUCCUGUUCCUUACCAGGACAACGACCAGCCCCCGGUACUGAAAAAGGAAAAGCCCCUCACUCAGAGCAACGGCGUUCAUUACUCCCCUCUCACGUCAGAUGACGAGCAGGGAUCUGAAGAUGAGCACAACAGCACCAGGAUCGAGAGGAAAAUUGCAACGAUAUCGCUGGAAAGCAAAUCUCCACAGAAGACUGUUGAAAACGGUGGCAGCUUAUCUGGGAGGAAACAAGCACAACCCAACGAGAACAUGAACAGCAGUAAAUGGAAAUCUACUUUCUCACCAAUAUCUGACAUCAACCUGACCAAAACCACGGACAGUCCCUUGCAGUCUGUGUCGUCUCUGAGCCAGAAUUCGCUGUUUGCCUUCAGGCCGUCCUCCGAGGACAGCCUUGCCAUGGACGCCAAGAUGGCGCACACGAGGAAAGGCAUGGCCAUGCCCUCGUCGGGGGCAGAUGGGCUCAGCCCCAGCACAAACCCCACCAACGGGUUCGCCUACAACGGCGGGCUGUCGACUGACAUUGGUUUACACAGCUUUAUCGAUGGUGCUUCUCUUCCACACAAGGCCUCGGACGGGACGGCUGCCGCCUGCUCGCUGGGUUUCCAGUCGCAGCGGAGCAAAGACGUGGGGAUAUCAGAAACGAAUCCUUUCUUGAACAAGAGGCAGCUCGAAGGCCUCGGCGGCGCCAAGGGGGAAGACCUCAGCCGGGCAGGAGUCAAAAGCAAAGACAUGAGUGAAAUGAGCAUUCGUGCGGGGGGUUCUUCGGAGAAAAACUCUUUGCAGCAUAACGGAAAGGUUGGCAAAGGAAGGGACCGAGACGUGGAGUUUAAAAACGGCCAUAACCUUUUCAUUUCUGCUGCUGUUUCGUCUGGUGGCCUUCUGAAUGGGAAAAGCCUUUCUACUGCUGUUUCUUCAGCAGGCAACCCAGCAUCGUCUGUGCAGACGCACCAUCCCUUCCUCAACACUUUGACCACUGGAUCGCAGUUCCCCCUCGGCCCCAUGGCCUUGCAAGCCAACCUCAACUCGGUGACAAACUCCUCAGUAUUGCAGUCCUUAUUUAAUUCCAUGCCAGCUGCUGCCAGUCUGGUCCACGUGUCGUCAGCUGCAACCAGACUGACUAAUUCUCACACUAUGGGGAACUUCUCUCCUGGGGUUACAGGUGGAACAGUUGGAGGUAUUUUUAACCAUGCGGUGCCUUCUGCCUCCUCUCCUCAUCAGUUUGGAGCCAGUUUCAGCAGCAGUGCUGUCUCUAGCAGCACAGUGCUAAGCUUAAACCCCCUGCAGGCUGUUGCCAGCACCUCAUCCUCAUCCUUCCCACCCCCCUCCUCUAAUUUAGUAACAUCUAGCGAGAAUAGAGCCGCUCAGCACCUCAACAGAGCGCCAGUGCAAUCUGUUUUCCAUCCACCUCCACCCCCUCCUAACGUUUCCUUGCCCCCUCCUCCCCCUCUGCUUGCUUCUAACCCCGACCUCCUGCACAGCCCCUCCAUCCCACCCGGCGACGCUUUCCUGCCAUCCUCCUCCGCCGCUUCUGUCCACUCUAACGCCGCUCUGUCUAUCAAGCUCGCUUCCCUGCAGCACAAAGCCUCCCGUCCCUCCUUUACCGUCCACCACCCCCCCCUGCCCCGCUCGGCGCUGGCACAGUCCGUGCCCCCGAUGGCGCAGCCCACGGCCGCCGGCGCGCCCGCCAUGUGGGUCACGCUUGGCAUGCAGCCUCCUUCCGCUUCGCACCUUUCUGGGGUUAAGCCACGAUAAAGAGCUUGCUUAGCUAACGGUUCUUAUGUUGUAAGGUAACUAGGAUUUCUACCUCAACCCAAUGUGACCUAUGCAAGGACAACGUGGACCAACUUCACUCGGCUUCCACUGAAAGGUGCUCACUGGCCUGUGCAGGGGUUCUGCUCUUACUACUGGACAAAACACAAACCUAAAAAGACCUAAACAACAGAGAAAAUAAUAUUUACUGUGAAUCUGAGUUUAAAGGAAAAAAAAAAAAAAAAAGAAAAAAGGAAGAAAAAAAAAAAAAAGCAAACGAAAUACUUAAGGCUCCAGUUUGUAUUGUUGAUAGUUUAGGUAAAGUAUUUAUCUUUUUUAACGUGAAAAUAAUUUUGACUUAUUUUAUUCCACCUAGAGUCAUAAAUACAACUUGUGGUUAAAUUCUCUGAAUAACUGAGGACUGGCACACCAGCAGAGAUGUAAAGAGCCUCUUCUCGGUGCUAUUUCAUCCGUCAGAACUGUGCCUCUAGUUUGAUCCUUGGUGCUGAAUUUAGAGGGUUGACCAAUGCCAAACCCAGUUCUCAGACAGGUCUGCUUUUAUUUAUUCACCUUCCUCUGUUCAUAUCCCCAAAUCCACUUGGUUUACAGCCACGUGUGCUGCGGCGCUCUUUCAUCCGGCGGUUUGCUCCGGGGAGAACCGAGCCACCGGGUGGGUUUUAAUUGCAUUUGGACACAUGAGAGCUCGUGCUCCCCUCUGGGGUGGCAGCUGGAUCCCAGGGCAGCCUGGUCGAGCAGGAGGGAUCCGAGUCCUGCCCCAUCCCACUGCACUGGGCCGCCUGCAGGCUGUGAAUUUCGGUAGCUGGUCUGGUCACUUUGGGAUGUCGUUGGCAUAUGAACAGGGUGCACAAUCACUGGGAUUGGUCAGGCCCUCGAGAUGACAUUGGGAAGACUGAACAUAGUGCUUCUGUACCGGUGCAGGUAGAUUUUUGCAGCUCGUUUUUGUUCCGAGUCAAUUGUAUUUUGUUGGUAGAGUUUUGAUACUUGAUGCAGAAAUGGCUUAGACGUCUUACUAAGUGCAUUUUGCUUUUUGUAUUUCUUUGCUUGAAGUGGAUCUGAAUGGUAGUUCACAACGCCGCCAUCUCGCCGUGCUGCCCCUGGUGGAACUGGUGCAUUGAACUGGUGCAUUUGUUGUAUUGUGACUCGGUGUUCUGUGUACAGAAAGAGCCGCUCGGAGCAGCGGCUGUAUUUUAUAGAGAUGUGAUGAGAAUUUAUAAAUUUCAUAUACUUUAUUUCCUUUAUUUUUAGACUGUACAGUGCACAGUAAACGUGUAAAAACUUAUUUAUUCGAGUGCACAAAACGAGGAGGGAAAGGCGACCCGUUACGUAGACAUUGCCCAGUCUGUAGGUCAGGCUGGACCCAGCACCAAUCAAGGAAACUACAGUCAAAGAAGGGGAAUUGCAACAGCAGAAUGACGGGAAGAGAAACACGUGGAGGUGUUGGGGGCAUCUGCAUGGGUGCUCAGACUCAAUGGGUGCCGCGGGGCCACAACAGGCUGGGCUGGGUGCCAUGGCUUCCAGCUGCCUCUGUAUGUGAGAUGGCUCUGUCCUUGCGUGCUCUCCUUGAGGAGCCGUUCUCUGACAGCUUCCACCCUCUGCAGGUUCCGUGUAGAGCUUUUUCUUCGUACCUCAUCCCCUUUUCUUCGUACCUCAUCCUCUGCAAUCUUAGAGAUUCAGCUCAGUGUGUGGUUAUUUGUUGGUCCCGAUGUGUGUCUUCCAUAGGCGGCCAUUGUGUGCAGAAACCGUCGAUGUGAUGUCGUUGUCUCGUUCAUUGGGAAGGGAAGGGGUUGGUAGCCCUGGAAAGGAGGGACUCUGGGGAACUGUCUUCUGCUUUGUGUGUGGGAGAAGACGAGGCAGCUGAGUUACAGCUGUGAGAGGAGAACCUGGAGAAGGGCAAAAACACGCAGAGGGCGAUGGCUGAGAAACAUCCGUAGCUUCUAGUAGGAGCUGUACAGAGUUUAUGUCCUGGAAUCCAGGAGGACGGUGUAACCCAGAUGUGUUGCAGCUGGGAGUUGGGCAGCCCCAUCUUCAUUCACAGCCGUGAGCCGCUGUGAGCUGCAGAGCUGCCCUACAUCCUUCCUGGCACUGCACUCCGGUCCUGGGAGUGGGGAUGGGCACGAGCAAUGGCUGGAGAGGCAGGAGCCUUAAUUGCAUUCUCCCAUUUUUAUCCUUAUAGUCCUUCUGCUUUUAGCAGAUGGUUUUUGGAAAGCGGACCAAGACAGAGUUCUAGGCCUUUUGUUCCCCCGCCUUCAUCCCAAACCAUGCAGGUGUCUGCCCAUGGGGUGGCUGAGCUCCAAGUGUCAGCAUGGUGAGUGUCUUCAUCCCUGGGGCGUGCUGCUGGGAGUGCCAUGGAAACCACUGAGCAGUGUGAGAUGGGAAGCCGAGCACGGGGGGCUGAAGUCCCAGUAUCACUUCAUCGGGGAGAGGUGGUCGCUGUGGUUGCUUUGAGAUUUGCAUCAUCUUCUCCACGUCCCCAUCUUUUACUGCUUGGCCAUAACCUGGAGUGAGUCCAACCCAUUUAUCUCCAGGGCUACUGGAGGAGCAGCUCCUGGAGCUGUUCAGAUCUGAUCCAUAUGGCUGCAAUGAGACACACAGGACUGCGAUGUAUGAGUGCCUGCCAGAGAUCUGAAACCUGUUUUCAAUAAUUGGAGAUAAUUGCGAGUAACCAAAGCUGUACAGCCGGUUCCAAAAAAGAAUUCCUUCUCUGUUAUGCUUCCUGCCCGGGUGCAGCCGUUGGAUGGCCGUCACAAAUGUUCCUUCUCCUCCACACCACUGCUGCCAGUGAGGGGCAAGUCAGGAAGUCGGAAUCCAUCCAGCAGUGGACAUUGCCAGAAUGAAAGGACCUUCCUGAGCACUGUGCAGCACAUUGUCAGCCUCAGAACGGACUGUGCAUGCUCUGCCUUCUGGGGUUUGUAGGAUCGAGCUGCCUCUUGUUUCAGGGUGCAGGGCUGUUGCCUUCAGUGCAGUGGACAACCAUGGUGAUGGGAAACAUCUUCAUCCUUCUUCAGUCUGAGCUCCGUCUCCCACCGGUUUCUGCCGCAAUGCUUUGAGGGUCAGGAGCUAUGAGGCUCCCAAACUCAGUCAUGAAUUUAGGAAAGGACCUCUCAGAUCAUCCAGUCCAGCUGUCCACCUCCCACAGUACUGCUCACCGACUGUGUCCCUCUGUGCCACAUCACCAUUCCCCAACACCUCUGGGGACGGUGACCACCCAUGCCAGUGCCUGACCAUCUUUUGCUGAAGAAGUUUUUCCUGGUCUCUAUCCUUCCUCAGCCUCAAAUCACCCAACUGUUGCUACAGCCACUCACUUGGAGUUGAGAUUUCUUUCUAAUUAUGUUUGAAUCAAACUUCAGUGAGUGACUUCCAGGUGAGCUCUGCGGAGCUCCGUAGGCUCUUCCAUUGCAUCUCCAGCAUUUUGGGCUGGAGUGGUGCUGCAGGGUGGAGUCUGGGUGGGCAGUUUCCUCCUGAAAGGUGUUGCAGCUGCAUAGCACUGAGGAUGGGGUGGAAUCUGGAUGGUUGUUGUGCUGCAAGAGGUGACCAGGAGGGCCGCAAGCUGAUGGCCCCACUUGGCUGCACUGAUAAAUCCCGAUGGCUGCACACAGCGGUGGGUUUCCAAUCACAGAAUCACCAGGGUUGGAAAAGACCUCCCAAGUUCAUCCCGUCCCACCUGCAACACCCGCCCUGCUGCUGCUGAGCUGCCCCUCUCCGGGUCUGCAUCCCCCAUGUCAGUUCUGCCAUCUGCCUGGUUGGGUUUUUGUGUUGCAAUUGGUGCUUUUCCUGCAGGAAACAGAUCCGGGGUUAUUUGUUCUCUGAAGGAGUUACCCCAGCUUGAUGGGAAGUUCCCCAAGUUCUGCUCUUUGUGUGUUGCCUGAGCCAGGAAGAGGAAGAAGAGGAGGAGGAGGAGGUGGAGCUUCCCACAAGUAUCUGUCAGUGUGCAGAGGACAGCAAACCAACUGGGUUUGCUGGGUUGCCAGGAAAGGAGGCGAUGUCCUCAUGAGGCAGCUCUGCAGCAGAGGGGUGAAACCACAAAAGUAGGGCUUCUUUUUUUUGGAAGUGCAGAUGUUGGCGUACGAAUAGUUGAGGUUUUGGGGCUGUUCUUUCUUCCUUUAUGUGCUCUGACUUCUCCAUAUCGGGUUCUCACCAUCAGAUGGAUUCCCAGUGUGUAGGGUGAUGCUGUGCCGCAUUUUCUUCAUCCUUUCGCCUUAGAAACACCGAGCGGCGCAGUGAGAGAGGUGACGUUACUGUGAACUUCAGGGUUUAACCCCAAAGCCAAAAACGGGAAGCACACACUGCAAAUGUCCCUGCGGUGCAUCUGCUGUUUGCAUCUUUGUGCAGAGGUUUUCUUCCAUCUUCACCCUUCACAAACAAAACCCCUUGGUGCAGUUCCGGGUUCCGUAGCACUGACCCCAAAGUUCCCAGCUUUGGGAUUUGGUGUUGUUUUAAGGUACAGCUGUUGCUUGCUUCUGGCUCGGUUGGCUCGUUAGCGAGGUCUCGCUGCUGUGGUUAACGAGGAAGAGGAGGACGGGUCGGUCCAUCCCGCGUGGCUUCUGGCACCUAGCGAUCUUCGAAGCGAUCGAUCUCCAAUUAAAACCAACUCGUUGGGUCUUUUCACCCUCCGUUGGAGCCAGGCGGGACGCAGCGGGUCACCAGGUUGCUGUUGCUCAGGAAUUGAUUAGCAAACCUUUUAACUACUACUAACGAUCCAUUUUGGAUGGAUUUAAAACCACAACCACCACGCGUUUUCUUAGAGCAGCGAUACGGGAUGUUUCCUAGGGAAUAGGGAUUAGUUUAUAUAAUUUAGCCGAUUAAACCCAAUUAUUUAAAACUCAAACUUCCCCCUAAUUUAUCUUUUUGUUGUCGUUUUAUUUUACACCGGUAAGUUGUCCCAUCAUUCCUUCCAUCCCAUAGAAGUAGUGCAAAUUCUGGUGUGUAUAUAUGUACGUAUAAUAUAUAUAUCCCCCCCCUGCCUUUCUAAUGCCCUGCACUGUUAGUUUUUGGUUGUUUUUUUUUUUUUCCUCCCCUCACUUCAUUUCUUGUGUCUCUCCCUUGAUUUGUAAUGGAAACAAAUGCUUUGAAGUUUUGUCUUUAUAUUAAAGUGUACGUAUUUUAAUACA